AUGGUCAUAAAAUUCCAGCAAAAUUUGCAUUCCAUGGACCAAAAGAUUAACAAACGUGCUAAAGUAGACAAUGCUCUUUCUAACGUAACUAAUUACAAGAAUAUCUACAAAAUUCUGUGUGAUAACAAAACAGCUUUUAUCCAGCAACUUAAGCGAAAUUUCCGAAAUAACAAAUCAGAAAUGAUCUUUGGGAAGUACAGAAUGGUAGAAAAGGUGCUCGGCCGAAUUCUCUCAGCAGAAGACCUAGUUUCACUACGGGGCGAAAAUCCUUACAAAAAGUCAGAUAGGAUUUAUCUUUAUGUUAUGUCUGAUUUACCCCUGGAAAAGAUAGCUGAGAUAGCUAAUUCAGUGGACUUUAGUGAUUACGAGAGGAAAGGAGCUCAAUUUGAAGAGGAUAUUAUUAUUCCAGCUGGUGAGUUACUUAACCGAGAAAGUAUUCGUGUUUCUAAUACGUUAUUCAAAGAUAUCAAAGCUUUAGGUCUGGUUAAUGCAAUUAUCAACCCAAAAACCAACAACAUAGAAGUUACCGAAGAAACUGUUCUAGGCCGCAAAGGUGAAGAUAUCACUGAGGCCCAGGAAAAGAUGAUCAGACUUCUUGGCAUCAAAAACCGAACUCACAAAGCUGAAGUAACUGGCUUUGCCCGAGUUCCCCAAGAAUAA